UCACCGUUGAGCGUCGUACAGUCCAUAAACAACAACAACAACAACAGUAACGCGCCUCUUACAGACAUAAAACUGACGCUGCUACACGGUACAGAAGCGGAAGCAACGAGAAGCCGUGAAUUAGUGAGCAGGGUGGAGUGCUGGCGGCGGAAUGUUCGGCGUGGCCCAGAUGUGCCGGAGCGGCGUACUGCGCCGCCUUUUGGGCAAGGCCCGCGCGCCCCGCUGCUGCGAGCCACACUGGCCGCCCGUACGCCGCCCCCGCCGCCGCCGCCGCCGCUCGCGUCAGUAUCGAAGACGAGUGCACCGUCUGCUGCAGUUAAGCCGACGACGGCGACUAUGAAGUCUGUCACCCCGAGUGUUACUAGUGCCACACCGGCUUCGAAGACGCCUCCAGCUACGUCGGUGCAGGCUAAAACUACCACAACUGCCGCGGCUAAAGACCCGAAACCGUCGAGUGCCGUGACGAGUGCUCUUCCGGUGUCUUCGACACCACCAGUGUCUUCGACGAGCGGCGUCCCGAAACCUACCACAGUGGCUUCCAAGUCUGCGGCACCUAAGACCGUGUCCCCUGCGACCAGUGCUCCGUCAAUGUCGAAGGCGGCUACACACGCGAAGACGACAUCCCCGAAGUCUGCAACACUUCCGAGUACCACUACUGUCCAGUCUCCGAUUACUUCGACGAGCAGUAACGCGAAAGCUCCACAGGUAACUGGAAAACCUACGCAGAUCGCUGCUGCGAAGCUCCCACCUGCUUCUGUGCCUGUUACAACAGCACAGCCGCCGUCUAAAACGUCUCCUGUGACCUCGAAAACUGAUCCCUCGAAACAGCCGAAAACUACUGCAAUUACCAGUACGAAACCUACCACAACACCGAGCGCCACAACAGCCCCGUCGGUGUCGAAAACGUCUCCGGUUACUUCGGUUUCUACUUCUGCAACGCAGGCGAAAUCUACGUCUACAGCUCUUCCAAAGGCUGACGCAAAAGUGACGUCCGCAACUAGUGUAAGUAGUGCUGCCGCUACGGAGGCCAAGACGUCGACGGACAAGAGUGGUAAGCCGUCUGCCCCGUCGACGGCGAAGGAGAAGGUUAGCGCAAUUCCCACGACCGCUGCUCAGUCUGUUCCGAAACCGGAGAGUGUGGCUCCAGCGCCGAGCGAUCAGAAAGGUUCUACACCUGAUGUCGGCAAGACCUCCGCUGUCGCAACACCGCGAACUACAGCUUCGGCGACGCCUGCAACAACUGCUGUACCUACUGCCGCGAAGACGACGGCUGCAUCCACAGUGGCAAAAACACCUGCCGUUACCUCGAUUCCUGUCGCCACACCGGCGAAGCCGACGACAACAGCUAGCGCCUCUACUAGUGCCCCCUCAGUGCCGAAGACUGUGACUGCGACAGCUGCCGUUGUCACUGAACCUACCACCACUGGCGCUCUGAAGACGACAGAGUCGAAGCUUCCCAGAUCCGCGACAUCUGUCGCCUCGACGGCUCCGUCAGUUUCGAAGCCACCUCCGACGGCGGGCGUGUCAUCGGCGGGUAAAAUUACCCCAGCUACAGUCUCGAUACCGCAGGCGACCCCGUCUGUGAAGACGGCGGAGCCCAGUUCGGUCCCGAAGAUCGUCGCGCACCAAGAGCUCAAGACGGCGCCGUCAGCGCCAAAGACGAUAGCUGUCGAGUCGGCGCCAGGGACAACGUUUACCGCCGUGUCGACAGCGACAGCGCCAGUUACAACGCCAGCUCAGAAGGCAGACACUACCAAGCUGACAGCCACUUCUGCGAGUACCACGCCCUCCGCGACUAAAAACGGAAGUGUGGUCCCAGCGCCGCAAGAAGCGACCGAUCGAAAAACGAGUGUAGCAGAGCAGCAGGGAGCUAAGGUACUGCCACCCGCUGUGCCGAAGACGUCAACUGCAGUGCCGGCAGCUGCUACAAAAACAACUCCGGCGACUUCAGCGGCACAGCAGACCCCAGUGGGCACGAGUGUCGGGCCAGCUGUGACGAGCAGCAGCGCGGCGCCGCCAGCGAAGACUGUCCCUGGCAGUGUGACUCCUGCUGCUACGACAGCGGCUGCGGCCGUCUCUAAAAUGCCGACCUAUUCGGCGGCUGCAACACCGGCGACUACUACUGCCACUUCGGCGAAGAAGCAACCUGUGACGACGGCGGCAGCAGCGGAUUUGAGAGCAGUGCCCGUCCUGCCUAAGGCUGUCACAUCUGCGGUGACGCCCGUCUCGAGGCUGUCGCCUUCCGGUAUAAAGAUAUUCACGCCCGUUACGGCCACGGCAGCGUCGGCCGUGGGCAGGGUGGCUCCCAUCACGGCGACGGCGCCCUCCGCCUCCGGGACGACACCGGCCUUCACCAGGACCGUCCCCUCCGUGACGAAGGCGUUCUCUGCCGUCACGGCCGCGACGGGGGCCGUCACCGCCCCCCCGGCUGCGCCGCCGGCGUUCGUGUCGGCGCCCGGCGCGACGGGGCAGAAGCCGCUGCAGCCGGUGCCGCUGGUGGCGAGUUUGCCGACGAGCCUGCCGCACGGGGCCCCGGCGACGGCGGUGCUCGCGGGGAAGGCCGGCUCCCCGCCGGGCUGGGGCGGCACCGGAGCCGCGUCGCCCGUGGCGGUCGGCGCUCCGCCGUCGUGGGCGGCAGCGGCGUCGGUCCCGCGGUCGACGCCCUGCGCGUCGAGGUCGCUGUCCCCGGCGACGCCGACGCCGACGCCGCCACCGCCGGCGCUGCCGCCACCCUGCCACUCGCCGGCGCCCUCCGGGGUCGCGUCGCCGGCCAACAGCGCACCCACGCCGUCGUCGGUGCGGUCUCCCGUGGCGGCCACCCCUCCUUCCGGGACCGCCGCAGGGUCGCCGAUGACGCCGCCGCUGCCGCUGCACAAGGCGGUCGCCCCGGUGACGAAACCUGUCCCGACCGCGACGGCCGUUUCCGUGACGACGUCGAGUGCGACCGCGACCAAGACGAUUCUGGCGGGCGACGCGUCGCAGGCCGGCAAGGACGACCAGCAGCAGCGGCUGCACGAGAUACACAAGUACGACCGCGACGACGAGGAAGACGACGACGAGGAGCGCGCCGGCGGGCAGGCGUCCAAGGGGCGGGGCUUCCUCGACCUGUGGGACGUGAGUAGCGCCCACCGCAGCUCGCCUCAGCCUAGACACCCUCUGUGCCGCUCUUACGCUCCAAACUAA